AUCACAGUCUCCCUGACCUGUGAGUAAGCGGCAUUAUAUAGGACGGGGCUCAACGCUAAUCUCCGACAAGACGAGCACGUUCCAUGUCGACUGUUGGGUGUCACUGAAUUUACCACCGCUCCAUGUUGUGUGGAUAAACUCAGGAGAGAUGCUGAAGGUUUGUGAACAGGAUUUAGGAUUCAGAUGACUUUGAUGAGGAUGUUAACUUGUAUCUAAAUGGCAUGAUAUACACACUUACGCUUCGCGUGAACAGGGUACAUAUACUGUGUUUUCUUGAAGAGCAGCAGACACCGUGUUGGGUAUAACUUUGACAGUUCGUAUUAUCGCAAAUCCGAUCGGAACACACAUGCCGUUUGAUAACAAGAAUGCCUCGGCAGACGACAUAAGUCCGGCGUUCUUAAUCAGACGACAACACUAAUGAUAGUCCUCUGUACGCGGACUGUACCCAUUUGGAUGUAGGUGGUGCGAUUCGGACAUGCCACUAAUGGCGAUGGAUAUAUGAUAUUCUGACGGAGCAGACGACAUUGCUCUGAAACUAUUUAGGAUGAUAUCCACCCAGACGUCACCGAGUCCCGAUCCUUCAAGAGAUGACGGACACCCAGACGAAUGGACGACUGACAGCGAGGACACAGAGGUUGUGACACCCGGGGAUAAUGACAGGAACCCUUUGAUAGAUGGGCGUCAUCCCCACACAGCCAACCCUCAGACCAGACACCUUCUGAAACAAGAAAAGAAGGAAAAAAAGAAAGUACGAAACAAGAAGAUCAGGAAGCGUAUCCGCCGGGUGUUCCGUACCAGCUGGAAGUGGUUCCGCCGGGGCUGCAUUGGUUUGGCUCCAACAGUGGCGGGAAUAGGACUCGCCUUCGGCCCCGUCAUCAGGCCUGAGUCCAACUCCGCCACAGGCUACUCCGUGUAUGGGGGCCGGGCGUAGUGGGGUCAAAGACAUAUUGGGCUCCAGCAUAUUGGUUCGGAUUGACAGAGUGGUUUAGGUAUAGGGUUGGGGUACAGACAUGGCCAUGUCUGAGUGGGACUGCGGCUAUGGUCGAACAUAGAGUUGAACUAAGGUCUUGUCAGUCGUAGAGCGUAAAUCAGGCCAUGGCGUGGUCGAGCAUACUAUGGAAAUAAGGCCAUGUCAUCGUAGAACAUGGAGGUGAACUGAGGCCAUGCCAGGUCUGAGCAUGGAGCGGGACUAG